UGAUCUAACUGAUGAAAAUAUUAAGAAGUUUAUUGCUAGUAAAUCUCUUGAAAGCUUUGUUGCUGAAAGUUUAAAAAUCUAUAUUAAAUAUCUAAUUGCAGUUUGUAAUCAAGAAAAACUAUUCUAUAGUAAAGAUGUUUUGACAAAAAUUAAAAAGCUUGAUCAACUUACCUUUCAAUUAACUAUUCCUUCAGCAAGUCGAUGCAACUAUGUAAAUGAAUUGGAACUUAAUCAAACUAGCAUAGAAUUAUCUUCAGAUGAUGGAUAA